CAAAACCCCAAACCCCAAACCCCACGUUCUUCUUCGUUGGAAACCACCGGCAGAACAAAUGGAUAUUCGCAGUUCCGCUCAUUCGUCAUCUUCCUCGCCGGCAACGCCACCAAAGGCGCCUCAAUUCAACUUGCAGCAAGCUGUUAAUAAACUCCAAAACCAAUGUUCUUCAUUUUUCCAACAUCUCAAUCAAUACAAGUUCUUUAGCCCCCCCUUCGUUAACCCCAAACCUGAUUCUGGCAAAUUUAAUUUCGAAUUUACCCUGACUGAGAAUGGAAAUAAUGCUAGACAAUCGAGUCGUUCUUUAUCUUUUGCCAAAAACCCUUUAUGGGCUCGAAUUGCGGUCGAUAAGACUGUUGCUACCGGUACUGGUGUCGGCUUGUCGGAUGAGGAUAUCGAAAAGAGGUUGGCGGGCGUGCCCGUAUACGCUCUUAGCAAUUCUUCGGAGGAAUUUGUUGUGGUUUCGGGUCAAAAUACUGGAAAGUCACUAGGGUUGUUGUGUUUCAAGGAAGAAGAUGCCAAGACACUUCUUGGACAAAUGAAAGCCAUAGAUCCUAGAAUGCGCCCUGGCUCGAAAGUAGUCCCCAUCGCUCUCGGCAUGGUUUUCCAGCUUAAAGUUAAUGGGGUUUCCUUUAGGUUUAUUCCAGAGUUGUCACAGAUAAAGAAUGCAAUUGAGGCAAGACGCAGGGCUGGUGUAUCGGAUGACAACUUCUCUGGUGUUCCUGUUUUCCAGUCAAGGAGCUUGGUACUGAGGAGCGAAAACAAUAGAUACCGUCCUGCUUUUUUCAGAAAGGAGGACCUGGAAAAGUCUCUAAUAAAAGCUUCUGGUCAGCAAAGGCGUUUGAAUCCUGCCCUUAGGGUGGAUGAUCUUGAGGUGGCUGUUCUUGAGGAUAUAAUACAUGGAAUGAAGGAUGAUUCUACGACUGUAUGGGAUGAUGUUGUCUUCAUCCCUCCUGGUUUUGAUGUUUCAACUGAACCAUCAAGGGAAUAGGCUGCAGCUGCAAUCAUGUUUGUAUAUCCAUUGAUGGCUUAAACAGAGUUUCGGAAUGUGGGUCAUAAUGAUCAUCAUCAGUAGAAGCAGCAGCAGCAGCUUAAGAUAGAUGUAUAUUGCUGAUGUUGUGUAUCCAUCUAUCCAUGGUUCAAUCCACAAAUCAGUGAGUUCAUGUGUAAGGCAAUCAUUUUGUCAAUUUGUCAUCGAACUUUUUGUUUUUCGUAACAGUAAGGAAAUUCUCCG